CGCACACGCAGCUAGAUUUCCUCCGCCAUUGCAAAGAGGAAUAUCAAGCGAAAAGAUUUUGUGAAUAUGGCAAGUGCCGACGGAUUUGGUCGCGUUAAUCACUCGAUGGACUCUGUUAGUUCCUCGGAAAGGCCAGAAUCUGCUGAAGUUCUGAAGAAGAAGAUGCAGAACGGAGGGAGCGGUGAACCAGCUGCCAACCAUGUCUCAUCUAAUGGUCUGUCCAACCAUGUGUCUGACAAACAUGAAGGGGGAGACAAACACAAACACCGUGACCACAGCAGCAGUAAGUCCAAAGACCACCACCAUAGUUCCAGCAAACAUCACAGCUCCUCAUCCUCAUCCAAGGACAAACACAGAGAUGGAAGCUCAAAACAUAAAGAUGGCAGCAGCUCAAAGCAUCAUUCCUCCAGCUCCUCCAGCAAGCAUAAGGAUGGCCAUAGCUCCAGCAGCAAGCACAAGGAUGGGAGUUCUUCCUCCAGCAGCAAGCACCACAGUAGCAGCCAUUCCAGCAGCAAAGACAAACACCAUAGCAGCAGCAGCUCCUCGGAUAAACACAAGGACCGACAUAAGGAUGGACACAAGUCUUCAUCCAAAGAAGACAGUAAAUCAUCAUCUUCAUCCCCAGACAAACACAAGUCAUCAAGCUCAUCAUCAUCUGAUAAACACAAGUCAAGCUCAUCAGACAAACAUAAGUCAAGCAGUUCAUCGAGUAAGAGUAAGGAUCAUUCUUCUUCAUCACACAGCUCCAGUAAGGACAAGUCAAGGGAUAAGGAGAAGCAUCAUAAGGAAAAACGUGACAAGCAGGAGAAAACAAGCAUAAAAACAGAGCCAGGAGCACCAUCAAUUGGCUCAGAUGUUGACAUGAAGUCUGAUGAAGAUCGUUCUCCACCAAAGCCAGUUGUAAAGGCCGAACCAAUGAGUGAUGACGAUGACAAACCUCUGUCUGCCAGAAUCAAGGAGGAGCCUGUUGCACAGAAGAGGUCGUAUAAAGAAGAAUCUUCAGACGAUGAACCCUUGUCAUCAAGGGUUGAGAAAGUUAAGAAAGUGAAAGUUGAGGACAAGAAGGUCAAUAAAAAGAGGAAAGCAGAAGAGGAGGAGGAAGAGGAAUUCAAACCGGAAAUUAAAAAGAAGAAGAAGGACAAGCUGAAAAAGAAGACGCAGCAUAUACAAGAAUUACCCAGCCCUACCAAAAAAACCAAGAAAGAGAAGGCCCUGCCAGAAGUCUGGAAAUGGUGGGAGGAGGAACGGAAAGAUGAUGGAACCAAGUGGUAUUUCCUGCAACAUAGGGGCCCAGUGUUUGCUCCUCUGUAUGAGCCUUUGCCCAAAUCAGUCAAGUUCUACUAUGACGGAAAGGAGAUGUCUUUGUCCAAUGAUGCAGAGGAAGUUGGUACAUUCUAUGCCAAGAUGUUGGAACAUGACUACACCACACGUGACGUCUUCAACAACAACUUCAUGAAGGACUGGAGGAAGUCAAUGACUUCUGAAGAAAAGGACAAGAUCAAGGAUCUAAGGAAAUGCAACUUCAGUGAAAUGGCUGACUAUUUCAAGAUGAAGACAGAGGAACGAAAGGCCAUGACAAAGGAGGAGAAGUUGGUAAAUAAAAAGAGGAAUGAAGAGCUAGUGAAGGAGUAUGGCUUUUGCAAGAUUGAUGGUCACACAGAGAAAAUCGGUAACUUUAAGAUAGAACCCCCAGGCCUGUUCCGAGGGCGAGGUGACCAUCCCAAGCAGGGCAUGUUGAAGAGGAGGGUACAGCCUGAGGAUGUCAUCAUCAACUGUAGCAAAGAUUCUAAUAUCCCGAAGCCUCCUGAAGGCCACAGGUGGAAAGAAGUCCGCCAUGAUAACUCGGUAACAUGGCUCUCCAGCUGGAACGAAAACAUCCAGGGUCAGACCAAAUAUAUCAUGUUGAACGCUGCUUCCAAACUCAAGGGAGAGAAGGACUGGCAGAAGUAUGAGGUGGCACGUCGUCUGCACAAGUGUGUUGACAAGAUCCGUGCUCAGUAUCGUGAAGACUGGAAAUCCAAGGAGAUGAGAAUACGACAACGAGCUGUUGCCCUCUACUUCAUUGACAAGCUGGCUCUGAGAGCUGGUAACGAGAAGGAGGAAGGUGAGACGGCUGACACGGUGGGCUGCUGUUCGCUGCGUGUGGAACACAUGACGCUGCACGAGGAGAAGGACAACAAGGAGUGUGUGGUGGAGUUUGACUUCCUCGGUAAGGACUCCAUCCGCUACAACAACAGCAUGCCCGUGGAGAAGAGAGUCUUCAAGAACCUGCAGCUCUUCAUGGACAACAAGCAGCCUGAAGAUGACCUCUUCGACAGACUUAAUACUGCCAUUUUGAACAAGCAUCUGCAUGAUCUGAUGGAAGGCCUGACUGCCAAGGUGUUCAGGACAUACAAUGCUUCCCGCACCCUACAGGAACAGUUGGACAUUCUCACAAAUCCUGAAGACCCUAUUCCAGCCAAGAUCCUGUCCUACAACCGAGCCAACCGUGCUGUGGCUAUCUUGUGUAACCAUCAGCGGUCAGCUCCAAAAACCUUUGCCCAGUCCAUGGACAACCUCAUGAAAAAGAUUGAUGAGAAGAAGCUGCAGGUAAAAGAUGCCAAGAAGUCUGUGAAAGAUGCCAAGUCUGACUAUAAGGCCCAUAACACAGAGAAGGCAAGACAGACUGUUGAGAAGAAGAAGAAGGCAGUACAGCGUCUGGAGGAACAGCUCACUAAGCUGGAGGUGCAGGCCACAGAUAAGGAGGAAAAUAAAGAAAUUGCCUUGGGUACGUCCAAGCUGAACUAUCUGGAUCCCAGAAUCUCAGUGGCUUGGUGUAAGAAGUGGAAUGUGCCUGUUGAGAAGAUCUACAACAAGACCCAGAGGGACAAGUUCCGGUGGGCCUUAGACAUGGCAGAGGCUGACUUCUGCUUUUGAUAUGGAUGUGUCUUAGGCGUCAGUGAUCAAAUGUUAUUUUACUACAGAGCAUUUUGUUGCCAGUCAUCGCUGACUUGGCAAUGUACAGAUUUUAACAAGGGUAUUUAAUAUGGUUAAUUGUGGAGAGGAAAUGAAUGCAAGGUGUUAUAGUGUGUGUUAAGAGAUGUGGAUUUGUCGUGGGAUUUUAUGGACAUUAUUGGUGCCUGUGUGAGAAGUUCUGUGACAUACUAGAAAACCUUGAAUUUUAGUCGCUAUAUUUUGUGGAAUGACCUCUAUACGUGCUGCUUGUAGACAGGUGUACAGCCAUUAAGUAUACCUUGGAUAUGCAGCUAUACAUGCAUUUUGAUAUUCAGCCAUGCAUCUCAUGCUCUGGUAUUUCCAGCAGGAACUCUAAUCACUAUUGUCUAGGUUAAAUAUACUGACCAGCAAAAGAAACGCAAUUCAAGAAAUCAAAACAAUUUAUUCCAUUGAUCCAGCUCUAAACUCAUGCUGAAAAAGUAUAAUUUUCAUGAAUUAUGAGUUGCGUUUUUAUUGCUGGUCAGUAUAUGUAAUGAAAUAUUUAACAUGGCUGAAAACUAGCCACUGAACAUCAUCCAGUUAUUUGGUCUUUAUUGCCAUAGUUAACUAAUACCUUUUUAUGUGAAAGAUAGCAUUUUGUUUUCAGUACAUGAAAUUGUUUGCUGUUAUGGCAAUUAUAAGUAAGGUCUUCUGUUGUGAUAUUGGUCCUGUCUGGUUUAAGGCACAUGGCCCAAUAUUAUGGCAUUUAUCCACCCUAUCUCCAAGUUUAUACCUACUGCGAAUGUAUGUACGGUUUGAUUUUGAUUGAAACUUGCCUUGACUGGAGAAGAAAGUGCUAUUACUUGUUGUUCAAGUUAUUAUUCUUCAUGUUUAAUUUAAUAUGACCAUGAACGCAACAUAUAUUACUGUGUAUGUUAAUGUGUUGAGUGUCUCUGAAUGUGUACCCACUCCCAGAUGAUUCUUUGAUGUGGACGAUUAUUAUUCAUUUGUAUGAAAUAGUUUGAUUGUACAGUGUAUUUGUUGAUAGGAAGGUUUGUACAGUUGACAGUUACUUGUCAUUGGUACGUGUACAUGAUAAGGCAGAAUGUUACUUAUGUCAUCUGGCUUGAGUUAAAGUUCCUUAUGAGACUCGUCAGGUAAACACCAGUAGGUUCCGCAUUAUGACCAACCAAAUUCCACAUGAAUUCUGUUGUCAAAUUAUGUCCUAUGUAACCAUAUGCACUUACACCCCCUAAGUCUUCACCUCACCCGUGUCCCAGUAUUUGCCACGUAUCUAUGUGUGUGUGUUGUAUACAAUAAACAUCACUCAAUAACACAUCAUUCGAUCUAGACCCCCAUAGACUGCAUCCAGUGACCAGCAUUGCAUGUUUAUCAUGGUAUUAGUAACUUGAUUUUGUGUUCAGUCGAACCCCAAAAUAUGAAUUUCAUGAGUCAUUACCUUUUGUUGAGCAGUAUUUUGAGAAAUUAUUGAAGUCACGUAAUUGUUCAGAUGGGUUUAGCAGUCACAUCCGAGGUAGACAUGUCUCUCAGGUUACUCUGUGGUACUACUUCCUGGUCUGAAUUAAAUCUUCCAUUUAUCGAAAAUAACAUGUUAUACCCUUAAAAAAUGAUUACAGAUGUCAAUGGGUGAACAAUGUUACAGUAAUAUGACAACUGAAUGUCAUGUCCUCAGAUCAUAUGUUCCUUCUGGUAAGAUGAUGUAGGUUUUUUCCUGAAGUAUAGUAUCACAUUAUAUGGGGAGGGAUUUGUUAUAGAAGUGAAAGUCAUGGUAACCACUGAAUCCUGUUUCAAAUAACUUAAUAAUUCUCUGAACACAGGGUAGCGGUGGUAGGUCGUUAGGAAGUUCUGAUGUUGUGAGCACUUGGAAAUCAUUUUACUCUGUACCUCCAGUCUCAGGAUAUAACAGUCUCCCCACAAACACAUGAAAUAUAAGCUGUAUUAAAAAACUGCUUCAUUGGACAUGUAAAUACUACCAAUAUCUUUCAAUGAAAAAGUAGCAAAAAAAUAAUACUUUUACAGAGCUUGAUUUUGUGAUGUUGAGGUGGAUGUGAUGUACAUUUGAGUAGAUAUAUUUGAUUACUAACACGUGCAUGUACAGACAGCUAACAAGCAAUAAUUAGAAAACAGCAACUGAAAUGUCUCAAGUUUUUUGUUCGAGUUAUAUUCAAACGUCAGUUUAGAGAUCUUGCCACAAUGUCCAGUAUUGAUCCCAAAUCAUUCCAUAUACUUUUUAUUAUGCAUAAGCCCCAAAAUGUUUCAUAUUGUCUAUCAGAAUGUGAAAUAUGUAUUUGUGAUUUUAUUACAGUGGCUUAGCAGGAGACAAACAACCUGUACCACCUUGCACACGUAAUUGCAUGGUAGAUAUACUUAAUCAAAACUUGCUAGAAAGUUGAUAGUAUACAAUCAGUAUUAAUGUUGGCACUCACUGUCUUGUGUUGAAGUCCUUAUGCCAAACUUUCCACUGGUGGGACAUGAAGAACUCUUGGAUCAGGACCUAGGAGCUAUGAUUUAUGUUGCACAAUUGUGUAUUUUACCCAUGAUAUUUUAUCCUUGUUUGGUUGAAAACAUUUUACCAUCUUCAAUUUAUUUGCUGUUUCUUUCGAUUUUAUGCUCAAAAUAUUUAGUUAAUUCAUAUUAAUGUAAAUAUUGCACGUCAUGAAAUAUCUUUGAUUUUAAACAUGUGGAAAAAUGCUUGUUUGAUUUUGAAAGGAAUUAAACAGAUAUCAUACCUUAUUAAAAAUUCACAAAAUUUGCAUGAAUCUGAAGAGUUAUAUAAGUGGUAUCCCUAAAUGAAAUUCAUGACAAUUAUUGUGCAGGUAGAUAACGACUGAGUCAGUUGCAAUACUAAAUAUGAACACAACUGUCAGCUACCUCAGAUUAGGUCUGUGUGGUAUGGGAGAAGCAUGAACCAUGUCCUCAUGCUAAGUGUGAGCUGUAUUGUAGCUAUUUAUUGAUAUAAGUUAAGGACCACCUGUCUUGUGAUAUUGAAGCUGAAGUGAUAGUACAACUUCGUGUAGGUCACCGCUUGAUGUAUAAACACUGCUAGAUCUGCUGUGCUUCAUGCAAUACAUUACCUUUAAGUGUUCUGUGUUAAAUAUUUGUGAAAUAUGCACAUACUAGUAUUUUGUAAUAAAUAAAAUAAGGUAAUAAGUCGGUGAUUCAAAGUAAUUUGUCUCUGAGCUGUGCGUAAUCAAUAUUUGUGUAGGCCACCUAAGCCAGGGAAAAGUAUGACCCAAGUAUAGUGAUUACAAGACUGAAUCUCAGUGAUAGAUGUAAAGUCUGAUCAAAAAGGCAGUUAACAGGAAGUAUUAGUGCAUGCCACACAGAGUAUUUUCACAGACUGUUAUUAAUGGACCCAACUAAGGAAUCAGCGCUGUGUGGACUUGUAUUCCUCUGCCUUAACGGGAGCUUGUGCUCCAUUGAACUCCUCCGUCUGUCCAUUCCUUGACAAUGCCAGGUGAAGUGGUUUGUACACAGGAAUUCUAUGAACUAUUCCUGGAAAUGUGUUUAUAUGACACUCAAAUAGUACUGAAUAUUCCCAUAUAUCAGAUGUACAUAUCUUGUUAUCAGCCAUUGCCUUUUUUCCUUUGUGUAGCAUUGAUAGAAGUGACACAUGUAUUGAGCUCUGAUUGAUCAUUACAAAACACUCGGUGUCAUGGUUGGUCAUUGCUAACUUUCAGUUGGCACCUUGCCCAAUGAAAAUACAGCUCAAGAGCUCCCAACUAUUGGUGGCUGGUGUUUUAUAUGUUUAAUUUUGUUAUAAUUUUGAUCCAACAAUCAGCUCAAUCAUCAAGUGUUGUGUCCAUUAUUUGUUUGCAUUUUAAACACAUUUUUGUUCGAUGACCAACUGUCAGAGUGAAUCUCUGUAUGUGGCCACUCACCAUGUAUAUGAACCAGAAACUGAAUAAAGAUCAUAUCCCAA